GUUUAAGCAAGUGAAUCUGUAUUUAACCAGAGACCGCGAGGACUUCGUGUCAACUCUUGACUAUUAACUGUUAACUCUGAUUGCUUGUCUGUUCGUGAUGACUGUCUUUUUAUCCUUGCUUCACAGGAAGCUUCGUAGUGAAUUUUCCCUAAUUGGUUAAGCCACGCGUUGCCGUUAACCCAUCAGGUACAUCCGGUGAUUUUCAAUCACCGCCUAUUCCUUGCGACCUUAGCGUGUUUUUUGUGGAAAGGUAGUGCGCUUUGGUGGAGGAGUAUUCUUUAGUGGAAGUUUGGCAACGCAGCAGAGUUUCCUCCAGGCCCAAGCCUCGUGACAACACUCGCCGAGGAUCGCUUGACCAUGCCUUGUACUUCGGAAACUCAUAGUUUAUAACAUCUGCAAUUUGGUACUAAGGCCGUUUGCAAUAUUGUCGAAGAAAAAACAAACUUGGCUAUAAUUCUCGAACAACGGCUUUCUCAAAAGUAACCUCGCUGACCUACUUGUCAUAGAUCAUUAUACGCCAAAUGUUUCUUUAUGUCGUGCUUGCAAGCCGCUACAGACCGGUUUUCAAAUUUCCUUGAAAAUUCCGUGUUUUCUUUCGUUCAUUUAACUUAAUGUCGAUUCCAAUAUCGUCCGAUUAAUCGGUUUUCCAAUCUUUGUCUCUUCGUUUGUUUCUGUUUCCACUAAGAAAAAGUUGUCAUUCAACUUGUGUACUUUUAUUUUAUAAGUUGAGUAGCUGCGGUAGGAAUAAAUAUAUAUGAAGUAUCGGUACGUUUAUUGUUAAGAAAAACAUAGAUUAAGAAUGUUAUAUUUGAGUACUUCCUUGUUUCUUUACAAACCGGAUAUUAUUAAACACGCAGAUUGUCGAUAUGGUUACAAAGUCACGUAACGUGUUUACAUUUACCAUAAUCACACGUCCCGGGGAAAUAUUCGUGAGAACUACCGAUUAACUGUUACGUGACGUCGUUCGCACAUUAUUCGAGCAAUUUUAAACAAUAAUUGCUUGCUGUUAAAGAGAAACAGGAUAAAAAGGAGGGAAUAAGAUAGAUAAAUUGCAAAUUCAGACGUUACGUAAACACGAUAUGCGGGUUAACGUCUAAUCCUUGUCCCAACGUUUACCCGAGCGCAAUGUAACCGACACUAUUGUAGAAUUUCACAUGGCAGAGCGUUAACGGAUCGAACGGCUGCUAUUAAUAUCCCAAGAAAAAUUGCAGAACACCACGAAGAUGAUGUGUUCCUCGCACAACCGCAACGGAUUCACCUGGAACGGGAGCUGUUUGGAACUGCUCUAAAACACCGUGAAACGAUCGCCUAAUUUGCAAAAAUGGAGAACGACGCGGAAAGGUCGCCGCUGUUGGAGAGGAAGGUCGCUACCUCGACCAAGUUCGCUUACGCUUUGGGACACAUUUUCAACGAUCUUACGGCCGCCAUGUGGUUCUCCUACACCCUUAUCUACUUCCAGAGGGUGGCUUUGUUGAAGCCGAUUGCCGCUGGCGCUCUUUUACUCUUAGGACAAAUCGUGGAUGCUUUCAUGACGCCAGUUUUCGGUAUACUGGUCGAUCGUUAUUGGACGCAAAAAGUUUGGCAUAUAAUUGGCUCCGUCCUGGUCGUCUUGUCGUUCCCUGUGAUCUUCGGCGGUUUUGCCGAACCUUCGAGUAUCACCGUCAUGAUCGUCUACGUGGCUAGCAUCUCCAUGUUCCAAACGGGCUGGGCGGCUGUGCAAAUCUCUCAUUUGUCCAUGAUUCCGAAGCUGACGAAUUCUCCGCUGGCACGAGCGGACUUGACUGCCAUAAGGUAUUCGGCUCAAGUGGGGGCAGCAGUGGUGGUGUUUAUUGUCACGUGGAUCGUCCUCCCCACGAACGAGGAAAUCGUUGUUCGGCUUGCUCAAGAGGACAAUUACAAAUUUCGUGACAUUGUACUGACGUUGACGCUGAUCGGAUUGGUCACCACCAUAUUGUUCCAUGUGUUCCUAAAAGGACACCUCUUAGAGCGUCACCAACUGCAUAAAGGGAGGACCGAGGAAUCCCAACGAUUGAUCGAUAAUCCUCAGAAUAAUCGAAGCUCUUGGUUUAAUACGACCAUUCUACUGAGAGUAGCGAUGCUAUAUGUAGCCAGCAGAUUGUUUAUUACUUUGGCUACCGUUUAUUUGCCGUUGUACAUAGAAGAAACAGACAUCAAUGGAAAACAAGCUUUGGCGACUGUUCCGUUAGUCUCGUAUGUGUCCUCCUUUAUGGCGGCACUGAUGCUGAAACAUUUAAACAAAUCUUGUGGCACAAAGAUGUGCUACUUCUUGGGUACAGUUAUUGGAAUGUUCUCCGCGGUGAUUACGGAAUUUGGUGGUAACAGUGCAACUAUCAUUUAUAUUACCGCGAUUCUGAUCGGAGCUGGAAGUUCCAUCACGAUGGUCACCGCCUUGAGCGUCACUGCGGAAAUAAUUGGCCCGCGAACGGAGCGAAGCGCCAUUGUCUAUUCCGUCGUGACGUUUCUUGACAAGGUUGUCACAGGAUUGGUUGUUAUUUUCAUUGAAAAAUGGAGGUGCACGCAACCGGAACUCUGUCCAAAUUACAAUAGAGACACUCUUGCACUUGUCUGCGCUAUUUCCAUGUCUCUGGGUCUUGCCACGCUAAUCUCUGUGUCGCGAUGUUUAACUUAGAUACAUUUCCAGGGUCCAACAGUUAAUCAAUGUAUCACAAUUGUGCUAUAAUCCAUCUUUCUAUUCGUUCACUGUACGGAGAAAGCUACUGCAUCAAGAGUAAUAAUAAAAUUUUUUAUGAUCAACUUAACAACUUUCCUGACAAUUAAACUUCUUAUCACGAGGAACUACGACCGCAUAAUUAUUUAUUAAUAAGGACCUUGUUGGGGUACAAUUUUACUUCCUGUACCAAUACCUAGUUCUAAUAG